AUGCCCCCAAUUUUGAUAUGGAAUAAAUGUAUUCGAGUAUCAAGUCAAGGAAUCGGUUAUCCUGAUUAUCCUGUGAUCAAAACAACCAUUAAAUGUCCGUUCAAUUGUACUUUUACUACCGAUAGAAAAUUUGAGACAAACGCGUCAACAACGAUUUUCUUGCUCCAUACAUUCUGUGCAAUAAAUUCAUGGCCUCAAAAUCGUAGAGAAGAUCAAAAUUAUAUGAUGUUUACAGUUGAAUCUCCUAUACAGACUACCUUGAAAUAUUAUGACAGAAAAUUUCUAACAGACAAAUUUUUUAAUAGUACAGCAACUUAUCGUUUAGAUAGUUCUGUAUUUAUGCCUUAUGAUGUUUUAACCAGAAUUACUCCAACUACUCCAAAAGAAUAUAUUUGGGAUCAAAAAGAGGUAACUAAAAUACAAACGGUGCAGAAAAAUUAUGAUGGUGUAUCAUUAGAGGGAAUCGCCUAGGUAUCUACUCCACGUUUGAUUAGAAAAAUUACAUAAUUGUGACUCAAAUAUGAGGAUGUUUUAAAUUAAAGGUUCUGGCAACAGUUAAGAACAAAACAAAAUUAGCUUUCCAAGCAAUAUCUCAUUGUAAUUCUGAAUCUGGUCGUGAUCUUAUUUCAAGAAAACUGCAAAAAUUAAUAGGUUUGGAGGUUGUUGGUGUGUGUUAUGGUAGAAGAGGGUGCAAUGAUGAAUGCUAUAACAGUAAUUUAGGUAAAAUUAAAUUUGAUUUAAAAAGGCAACGAG